CGGCGUCGAUGUCGAUUGCAUUAUAUUAUUGUGCGUUACAUUUCACAUUCAAUCAAAUAAAUACAAUGUCUACGCCAAAAGCAGAAAAAGAUUUACACUUGCCCCUAUCUAGAGUAAAAACAAUUAUGAAAAGCUCUCCAGAUGUCGAAGCAGUUGGCCCGGAACCGCUAUAUUUAGUGACAAAAGUUACAGAACUCUUCGUGACGGACUUAGCAAAGCGAGCGUAUAAAAACAGCGACAGCAAAUUUUUGGAAUACAAACAUAUCGCUGACGUUGUUCAAGAAGACGAUACGCUGGAGUUUCUCAGGGAGAUAAUGCCGCGGAAGAUAACCGUACGGGAGUUCAAGGAGCUGAUGGCGAAGAAGGCGGCGCGCGGCGACCGGUCGGACGACGACUCCAGCGACGAGUCUAGCGACGAAAGCGAGACCUCGAGUGAUAACCAAGACUGACGAAGAAAGAAGCGAUUUAGACGUUAAACCGUGAACUUAAAUAUUGUUUUGAAAGGACAACCUUGACUUUAUACAUCUUAUACCAACAUUUAUAGUCAUAUAAUGAACUAUGAACAAAAACAAUGUUGUGCAAACUGAACUAAAACUAGAAAUAACUGCAACUCAUUUUUACAAUUCUUGUAUGGAAUAAUUGUGUAUUCCCAUUGGUCUCCUACAUGACCACUGCCAUUCCUGAUGCGGGGACAGCUGGAUGGAAUGGAUGGGAAUAGUCCCAUUUGUGCCUGGCUGGGACUAAUGGGAAUACACAGGAAUAAUCACAGGAUAAGUUGCAUUGCUUCACUAUUGUGUAUGAUUUAUGGUUACUUAGUUGAUUUGAAAACUGUUGCAUGCAUGACAUGUCAUAAUGAAAUUCAUAUUUUAAGGUAGGUACUAGGUAGGUAAUCAGCAAACAUAAAUUUAUAGCUCAUAGCUUAUAAAACAAUGUAAGAACUUCUUUAGAACCUAUCAGCUAUAAAUUUAUUUGUUAUAUUUCCAUUUAAAUGGUAAUGAGUGUAAAGUAGUAAUAAUGCAAACACUUGGUAGAAUCUCUAAAAUCUGGCUUUUAAAUUUUUUAAUAAUAUGACAAUAUGUGAAUGUUUUGUCCUUAGCUUAAGAGUUCAAACAUAAUUGUGGAAGUAAUGUUGUUCAUUUACAGUGAUUGAGAUACCAAAUUAAGUUAUAUAUGUAUGGUUGGUGCCAACAUACCACCCCAACUACUAGACAGAGCACAUAAGUCAAUGGAGGUCGCCACACAUAUGCUCUCCCAUACAAAAUAGUAUCACAGAGCAACCACUUAUUUCAGUUGCGCCCACUAUUAGGACCACUACUUGGGUAUUUUAAAAAUACUUAUAAUUAUUACGCUUUAGGAAUGUUCUUGGGAUUUAGAGUAUAUAGAGUAAAAUACAAUGCUAUUGUGCUGCUGGAUUUGUAGUAUUUUACAAGUAAAAUUGUACAUAGUCAUAUGUUUGGUGACCUCACGCUCUUUGUGAAUGCUUCAUAAUGCGGUGUCUGAGUAGUCUGUGUUGGUGCCCCAACUUAAGUACCCAAGUUAUGACAACUACCUAUGCUUAGUAUGACAUUAAUUGUAUAGAUACAUAAAAGUGGAUACUUAUGUUAGGGAACCAACUAUACUAAUCAAUGCAUUGACUCUCUGAAAUAAUUACUUUCCCACUUGUAAAUUAAAUCACUUAAGUCAAACUAUAACUGUCUUUCACCUCUUGCCACCAAAAGGCCUGUAAAAAGGUUUUCUGUGCCAUUCUCAGAUGUCCUUUUAGUACAAUACCAGACAGGUUGUGUAUGGGCAACCAAAUUUUUAAUAUAUUAUUUAUAAAAAAAAACAAAGCUUAGGUAAUUGAUGUAAUUAAAAUAAUAAUACACAUAAAUCAGGCCAUUCAUUUUGACGAAACAUGUAAUUGCCUAGUAUUAAAAUCUAUUGAAUAUCUGUUGAAUGA